AUGAAAGAAAACGACGAGCUUACAUCGGCAGAGUUGAGAGAAAAAUUGUCGAAGGAAUGCCAUGUCGAAGUGUCCGCAACCACUGUUCGUCGGGUCAAACGAAAUGUACUUGGUUGGAAAAGCGAAACGGCUCGUUAUUGCCAAUUUGUCCGCGAACCAAAUAAGAUGAAAAGAUUUAUAUUCGCUUCCAAUGCUUUGCUCAACAAGGACACGUUUGAAGACGUGAUAUUUACCGACGAGACAACUGUUCAAAUUGAACAGUAUGCCAAGAUAUGCUUCUAA